AUGUCUGACUACUAUGGCCGAGGCUACGAUUCACCGUAUCAACGAUAUUCCAGAGGACACAACGGAAGAAGAGCCGGUAGGCGACACGGUGGUCGGCCUCCUAAGAGGGAGUCCCAUCAAUAUGGAUACUCGCGAAGGGAUGAGUAUCUGCACGGUGAAACAUACUUUCCGCCUUCCUCUAGAAUGUCCAAACCGGUAAACGCGGUUGUGGAACCUUUAAGACCAAAGCCUCAGCUAAGGUUCAAUAAUGACAGCUUUAGAGAAAAGUAUCAUUACUUCGAUCCUGUAUCGGAAAAACUACUUCAUCGAGACGAAAUGAAGUCAUGGGCUUCGGAAAAGCUUCCAAAGACGGGAUACGUCAUUGUACAGGAUCAAUCAAAAGACAAAACGCGAGCCGUCAUGAAGCCAAGGUGCCCUGACCAGAAGGCAGUUGACCCGAGGUCACAGAGCUCUCCAAGCCCAGAAAGCGGCGUUUAUAGAAAGCGUCGCAACCAGUUAGUUAGCUUGCCCAGGCUGGUAUAUGACAAGCACUCCGUUGGCCCGCCACCACCAAAUGAAAUUGUUGUGUACCCGGUUUUCCGCGAUCAUUCAAGUGCAGUGCAGGACAUUGCAAUCAAAAACUAUUUUAGCACGUUCGGCGAAAUCUCACAUUUUCAAAGCUUCAAUGAUCCAAUCAGUGCCCUCCCGCUGUAUGUAUAUGUCGUGAGAUAUACGGGGCCUCCAGGGAAUUUGGAUGCACCAUUUAGAGCAGCUUAUAAAGCUGCGAAGACUUUUGAAAAUAGCCACUACUUUGUUUCUGGCUUCAAAUUUGCUGUCUCCAUAAACAGAGCUAAUUAUUCACAAAAGAUCGUUGACGGCUUUAUACAAGAUAAUAUCAAGCAGGCAGCAAAGAUAAAAAAAGAAGUGGAAAGGCAAAAUAGCCAAAAACAAAUAUCAUCAGGGCCACAAGCCAAACGACUACCUCGGGACUUGGAAAGAGUAGUGAAUGGACGACCUUCUCUUCUUGUUCUCAAAAGAUUUAUUUCUAUCCAUGGUCUCACUGUGGAAGAUUUCAAAAUUAAGCUGGCAAAGUACAAGUUUUCAAGGGUCUUGAACCACUCGACUGGGAUAUACAUUGUGUUUAAUGAUAUCUCAGACGCAAGGGCGUGUAUGUUUGUGGAAAAUGACGUUUUGGCUAUGCCUUCUAAAAGAAGGCGAACACCUGUCAAAGUUAGAUUCAGUCUUAUUGAAUCUCAGCCCUCAAUUGUAGCAACUGUGAAACGUGAUGGACUUAGAGACCAGAAAAAAACCUACGCUUCCGAGGAACAAUUGUUGGAGACCGCUGCCGACUUGAUUAUUGAUGAGCUUGGAAGGGCGCUUGACAGGGACAUAAAGAGGCGAGUUAUAGGACCUUUAGUUUUCGAUUCUUUAAAUCCUGCCAACUAUCCGGCUAUUACGGCGAAGAAAGACGAAGAAGAAGAGCGCAAAAGUGAGCAACGGCGUGUCGCUGCCGAACAAAAGCAAGAUCAGCAGUCUAAGUCCGCAAGCUUUGACAUUUUCAACUUAUAUGGCGCGCGCUUUAGAAAGAAAAACUAUAUCAAAAGCCAGAUAGGAGAGCAAAGCGAGCCUGAAUACGAAAGCAAGCUCAAGUUCUCUUCUUCACUUAAAGAUUCUGGGCAAGAAAAGCCAAUGGCCCAUUUGCUCAAUGAGAGUUCCAGGAGCAAUACACCACUUGCCGCCGAGAACUUCAAAUCAGAUGACGAACAAGCGCAAUCUGCGGUUGAGGAUGACGAAGAUGAAGAGGGUUUUUCAGAUGUUUCUGAGCUCCCAGAAAAGAAAAUAAAAACUGGUUCAUCUGAAGCUACAACUCCUGAAACUGAGUCCAACAAAUAUGUUUUGAACAGCUCGAGAAUUCAGGAACUUUUGAGAAUUCCCGAGAAAUACCGCCCCGAUGCAUCUGAAGAGCCUAAAACGAUUUAUCCUCAGGAUGACUUCGAUUCUUACGAAUUCUCUUCAGUUUCACUAGGAGAUUUUCAAAGGGCUGUCAAAGACGAAGAGGAUUUUGAGACUCUAAAAAAUAUCCUAAAUCCGCCAUCGUCAGCGCUAAGCAGUAAUGAAGAGUAUAUUUUGCAUUCCUUAGUCCACGAAGUGAGUACAGAAGCCGAAGAACGCCACAAGGUUUCGAAAUUGCAGACUUCUGCCAAUGAGGUUCCAUUCGAUGAAUCCCUAAGAAGUUCAGCUGGCAGUUUCAAAGCAGGAGGGUUCAAAAAGAUUCCUGACAAGCUCAAAAAUUGCUAUUUGCCUCAUCGCAGAAAACUUCACCAGCCUCUCAACACCGUCUACAACCAUCAGGAUACCCCUGAAGCUGUCACGGAUGUCCACCGGAAUGAAUCUGAAAAAUUGGAUAUGGACGCACAUGCGCAAGAGGUUUCUUCCUCACGGGUUAACCGCGCAAUAAACAGGCGAUUUCAACAGGACAUUGAGGCUCAGAAAGCAAUGAUCGGAUCUGAAUCCGAACUUCUAACCUUGAACCAAUUAACGAAACGUAAAAAGCCUGUGACAUUUGCACGAUCUGCAAUUCAUAAUUGGGGCUUAUACGCUCUUGAACCUAUUGCCGCUAAAGAAAUGAUUAUCGAGUACGUUGGAGAGAUAUUGAGGCAGCCCGUUGCAGAGAUGAGGGAGCGCACAUACCUCAAAAGUGGAAUUGGGUCAAGUUACUUAUUCAGGGUGGACGAAUCGACGGUGAUUGACGCCACAAAGAAAGGCGGUAUUGCGAGAUUCAUCAAUCACUGCUGUGAUCCGAGCUGUACAGCUAAAAUUAUCAGAGUGGGUGGUAGAAAGAGGAUUGUGAUCUAUGCUCUCCGUGAUAUUGCGGCUAAUGAGGAGCUGACUUACGACUACAAGUUUGAAAGAGAAACAGAUGAUGAAGAAAGGCUCCCCUGCUUCUGCGGUGCCCCCACAUGUAAAGGCUUCUUGAACUGA